AUGGGGCACUCGAAGGAAACUGGCAGAAGGGUAAAGAAGGCCAAAUGGAAGAAACAGGAGGGAUCGCGAGUCGUAGAAAAGCAGACGAACCAUACUGUAAAGAACGGCCAAGAAAAGAGCAAGAAGUCGUCACAAGGGAAUGUUGAUGACCGGUACGUUGUAGUGAUCACAAAUGUGGAAAAUGACUUCGCAAAGGUACACCGGGAGGCCUUUCCCCGCUUCUGCUGCCUGGACAAGAAAUUCGAACGUGGAUGUUCUUCUCCCUCCUGUGAAAUGGAAAGGAGAACGGGUACCACAUCAGAUGCAUCGCAGGGGCGUGCUCAGUGUCACUACACCGUGUCGGCUCGCACCGAGACUCGGUCAGUGGAGAUAGCGAUAUACGGUAAAGCUGAUGGUAAUGUUUCAACCGUGUUUACUCCUGUUCCCGGGAAGCAUGCAGCGACUCUUAAUGGAGGUAAGAAAAGUGAUGACAGUGCUCCCGUCGCGAAAGCCAAGGGCAAGGAAAGGCAUAAACGGGAGGUCGAAGAUGACACAAUAGUGGAAUGUGUCUACGGCCUAACCGGUAGCGGCACGCGCUUCGACACUCUUGAAGAUAUGGUCACGAGCCUUUCUCGGAAGCCGUACUUUACGCACCCUCCGAAAUUCUUAUUAAAUAUAGCGGGUAAUGAAGAUGGUGCAAUUCUGAAGUCACCAAAGGGCAUGAAGCGGUCACGUGAAAGCGGGGAAGGGGAACACUCGCAGUCUACACCUUCAGUUGGAGGAGAAUUGCGCCAGUCGACGGUGCGUCAGUCGGAAAUGGUGACAGCUUCCGCCGCCACUUCUUCACGUAUCGGUGCGAAGGAACUUCGACAGCAGUUGAAGGACAUUCCUGGCUUCGUGACGUGCUGGGCGCUGUACCAGCAACAUUUCCGUUUGGUGUUUGUGUCGAAGGCGGCACUAUUUAAGGCCAAGCACCUUCUGGAUCAGUUUGAAGUGGAUGGCAGCGUCCGCGUAUCAAUAACACUGCCGGAUAGUGCAGCGAAAGAGUUUGUCAACCAACUUUCUGCGGAAGAGAACACCAUAUAG